CUCGACCAGUCACUGACUUCCAAUUUUUUUCUUCCUGGCCGGAUCACACAUCUUGUUCGUGAUUCUAGCCAUCCUGCCCUACCCGCCCUGUAGGACUUGGAAGCCGAAUUGGGAGAAGGGAGCUCUAAAGGUGUUGCGCGCUGCCAACGAGUUUGGACUUGAGUUGUUUUCUAUAACUCGGACGCCCUUUCUUUGCUCAAUUUGUUUUCUCAAGCUCCCAAUCUCCCCUCCACCAUGCUCCGAACCAGACAAGCAAGCCGGGCCGUCAAGGCCUUGGCCCAGACUUCGCGAUGCCACCAGCGCGCGUUGACUACCUCCCCGGCAACUUCUGUCAUGGUUGGUUCUAAGAAGACGCCAGCCGGCGUGAGGAAUCAAGCUACUUCAGCGGCAUCUUCAGCCGCCGUUACUAGAUCAAAUCCAGCGCCAGCAUUUAACACAGCAGAUAUCGAAAACCGAAAUCAUGUGCAGCCCCUCGUCAACCCUCGCGCGCCAGACAUGGAUGAGUCCUUCAUUGGAAUGACUGGAGGAGAGAUAUUCCACGAGAUGAUGCUGAGGCAAGGUGUUAAGCACAUCUUUGGUUACCCUGGUGGAGCCAUUCUACCUGUUUUCGAUGCCAUCUACAACUCGAAACAGUUUGAGUUCAUCCUCCCCAAGCACGAGCAAGGCGCCGGACACAUGGCCGAGGGCUAUGCGAGAGCUUCUGGCAAACCCGGCGUUGUCCUCGUCACCUCGGGCCCCGGCGCCACCAACGUGAUUACCCCCAUGCAGGACGCCCUUUCCGACGGAACGCCUUUGGUUGUUUUCACCGGCCAGGUGGUCACCACAGCUAUUGGUAGCGACGCUUUCCAAGAAGCCGAUGUUGUUGGAAUUUCCCGAUCUUGCACCAAAUGGAAUGUCAUGGUUAAGAACGUGGCUGAAUUGCCGCGGAGAAUCAACGAAGCCUUCGAGAUUGCUACCAGUGGCAGACCGGGACCAGUCCUCGUUGAUCUUCCUAAGGAUGUUACCGCCGGUGUUUUGCGGAGGGCAAUCCCGACCGUGUCCGGGCUGCCAACUCUGCCUAGCCCUGCGAACCGCUCCGCCCUUGCGAUUACGCGGAAAGAACAUACCGAUUCGAUUCGCCGCGUCGCAGACCUCAUCAACAUCGCAAAGAAGCCUGUUAUUUAUGCCGGCCAAGGCAUCAUCUGUUCGGAAAACGGACCUGAGCUGCUCAAGGAACUCGCCGAGAAGGCCUCGGUCCCCGUCACCACCACACUCCAGGGCCUGGGCGCCUUCGACGAGCUCGAUGAGAAGUCUCUCCACAUGUUGGGCAUGCACGGCUCUGCUUAUGCCAACAUGUCGAUGCAGGAGGCUGACCUCAUCAUUGCUCUGGGCGCCCGAUUUGACGACCGCGUGACUUUGAACAUCGGCAAGUUCGCACCUGCGGCGAAGGCUGCCGCGGCCGAGGGACGUGGUGGAAUUGUGCAUUUCGAGAUCAUGCCCAAGAACAUCAACAAGGUUGUGCAAGCAACCGAGGCUGUUGAGGGUGAUGUGGCCGAGAACCUGGCACAACUGGUGCCGCAUAUCGAGAAGAGAAGCAUGACGGAUCGGAAAGAAUGGUUCGACAAAAUCAACGAGUGGAAGUCGAAAUGGCCCUUUAGCCACUAUGAGCGCUCGGAAAGGAUGGGCUUGAUCAAACCCCAAACCCUGAUUGAGGAGCUUAGCAAAUUGACGGCCGACCGAAAACAUGAGACGAUUAUUGCAACCGGUGUUGGUCAACAUCAAAUGUGGACAGCGCAACAUUUCAGAUGGCGACACCCGCGAACCAUGGUCACUUCCGGUGGUCUGGGUACCAUGGGCUUUGGUCUUCCUGCUGCGAUCGGGGCCAAGGUGGCCAAACCGGAUGCUCUCGUCGUCGAUAUCGAUGGUGAUGCAUCAUUCAAUAUGACUCUGACAGAACUGUCAACCGCAGCACAGUUCAACAUCGGGGUCAAGGUCAUCGUUUUGAAUAACGAGGAGCAAGGAAUGGUCACACAAUGGCAAAACCUAUUUUACGAAGACAGAUAUGCGCAUACUCAUCAGCAAAACCCGGAUUUCAUGAAGCUGGCUGACGCUAUGGGCGUUCAGGGCAGAAGACUCAUCAAGCCUGAAGACACCGUCGAAGCCUUGAAAUGGCUCAUCGAUUCCGACGGCCCCGCUCUGUUGGAGGUCAUCACAGACAAGAAGGUCCCUGUAUUACCGAUGGUUCCGACCGGCUCAGGUUUACACGAGUUCCUGGUGUGGGAUGGAGUCAAGGAUAAGAAGCGACGAGAGUUGAUGCGGGAAAGAACAUGCGGUCUCCAUGGUUAACUCUCAUGCAUGGGCGGCGGGUUUGAUUCCUAGUGUGUCACGGCGAAGUGGUAUUUCUUUUAACUCCUGGUAUACUAGACCAGGAAACCAAAAACUCAAGGGGGCUUGACACGUCCCUGGGGGCAGAGGCCACCCCACACGGGCUCUGCGAGGUUACAUCUUGGCAUCAGUGGGCGAAAAAAAAGUUGAAGAAGGCCGCUGGAUACGCGGUCGAGUGUAUAUAGCGGAUCUAAUACGGAAUUGCAUGUAUGGGUGGCGACAACUUCGCUGUGUAUUUGAAUGCAUUACAGACCGCCGCCUACAAUAGCGCCCUAGUUCGUAAAAACAUCGGUGACAGAUGCCACUUUGAUCCCUAGACCACAGCGACUACGUCGUGGGUCAAAGAAUUUCUCGUUUGAUACGGACACAUUGAUUCUUGAUAAGUCAUCAAAUAAGAGGUAGCAAGAUCUAUCAACAUCUUAAAGAUACUUCCCCGAGUUAAUAGCGAG